AAGACCACCUAGGGUGCUGUUCGUGCUGAGUAGUUGCUUGGAGAGGCGGUGGAUGCGUGAGGAUCCGCGUGGCGAUGGUUCAGAUGUGGGAGUUGCUGCAGAUGUGGUUGCUGCUGAUGCUGCCCUGGGAAAAUGCCUUGACAGGGAAUUAACACCCUUCAGUGAUGGGCUGUGGGACAAGCAAGGUUCUUCCCGAGCCCCCCAAAGAUGUGCAGCUGGAUCUGGUUAAAAAAGUAGAACCUUACACAGGCCACAAUGACAUAUACAAGCAUUUCAUCAAAGAUGACUGUGGGACUGUCAUCAAAGCUGGCUCUCCCUCGCCUCCGCGUCACGCUAACCCAUAUCCCGGUAACCACCUGCCUACCCACGUGGACCAGCCUGAACCCCGCAAGAACAAAGUGGCUAAAUACCGUGCCAAAUUUGACCCCAGAGUGACGGCCAAGUACGACAUUAAAGCCCUGAUUGGAAGAGGAAGCUUUAGCCGCGUUGUGCGGGUGGAACACAAGGCUACCAAGCAGCCCUACGCGAUCAAGAUGAUAGAGACCAAAUACCGGGAGGGGAGGGAAGUGUGCGAGUCGGAGCUUAGCGUACUGCGGCGGGUUCGGCACACCAACAUAAUCCAGCUUAUCGAGGUGUUUGAGACCCAGGACCGUGUAUACAUGGUGAUGGAACUGGCAACGGGGGGAGAACUGUUUGAUCGAAUCAUUGCGAAAGGCUCCUUCACGGAGAGGGAUGCUACGCGGGUGCUGCAGAUGGUGUUGGACGGUGUGAGGUACCUGCAUACGCUGGGUAUCACGCACCGGGACCUGAAGCCCGAGAAUCUGCUCUACUACCAUCCCGGGACGGAUUCAAAAAUCAUGAUUACGGACUUUGGACUGGCAAGUGCUCGGAAGAAGGGCGAUGACUGCCUGAUGAAAACCACCUGUGGGACCCCAGAGUACAUUGCUCCUGAGAUCCUGGUCAGGAAGCCGUACACUAACUCCGUGGACAUGUGGGCGCUGGGUGUGAUCUCGUACAUCCUCCUGAGCGGCACCAUGCCCUUUGAAGAUGACAACCGCACCCGCUUAUACCGGCAGAUCCUGAAAGGAAAAUACAGUUACUCGGGCGAGCCCUGGCCCAGCGUUUCCAACCUGGCCAAGGAUUUCAUUGAUCGCCUGCUCACGGUGGACCCCAGUGACAGGAUGACAGCCCUUCAGGCCCUGAAGCACCCCUGGGUGGUCAGCAUGGCAGCCUCAUCCUCCAUGAAGAACCUGCACCGUUCCAUCUCCCAAAACCUUCUCAAGAGGGCAUCGUCCCGCUGCCAGAGCACCAAAUCCGCGCAGUCCACGCGCUCCAGCCGCUCCACCAAGUCCAACAAGUCGCGGCGCGUUCGGGAACGGGAGCUGCGAGAGCUCAACCUGCGCUACCAGCAGCAAUACACCGGCUGAGCACUGGGCUGGGACCGGCCAGAAGUCUUUCCAGAAGUCUUCCCUGCAGUGUAGGUGUGCAGCACCCUUUGCUGCACACGCACUUGGUGAGGAACAUCCAGGUUCCUCCCUCCCCUCCUUCAGGUGUCCCCCCGCGCGGAGGAAAAGGGACCUUGUGGUGGCCAUCGCACCCUGCGGGCACUCCUGGGCGAGCAGUGCCACAGGGUCUCAUGCAGGAAACGGAGCAGCUCUUGUGGGCUUGGAGCUCAGAGCCUCGAGGAACAGACAAACUCAGGAGCUGCAAAGGAGGAGAAGAGCUCUUUCUGUAGCCCAGGAGCUUGGUUGUUCAUAGUUAUUUAUUGAUUCCAGAGUGUUUGGUUUCUCUCAUUUGCAUAUGAAAAAAAAAAUCACUAAGUGCACACCUGUGUGCACACCCUCACGUGUGUAUAUUCAAAAUGCUAUACAUACACUUAGUCUGAGCUGGUGUA